AUGCGCCGGACGCCUCGCUGGCUUUUCUUUCUGCAGGUGCUUCGUGCUUCCAGCCAACAGUUCAGUCUGACAGUGUCCGGGCGCGUGAUUGCGGGUGGAACCGGCGGAAGUACUUGCACGACUUCGGGGAGCACCGCUGACCAUCUCGGUGAGCCAGUCGAUGUUGCCAGCGGCCCAGGUGGCGACAUCUAUGUCCUUGACAAGGCGUGCUCUCGAGUCACGUUGGCCAGCGUGACAGGUGGAACCUCAGGCGGUGGCGUGGUUGUUGCUGGCGGUUCCCAGGGCUCUUUCCUUUCGAAUCUGUUCUUUCCGGAGGCACUGGCGUUCGAUGACGCGUCCGGGCAGCUGUACAUUGCCGACACCCAGAAUCACCGGGUGCUUCGCUGGAUUCCCAGCGGUUCUUCUGGAACGGCCGUGGUCGAUGGUGGCCCGGGCACAGAUGCAGGAAAGCUGAACUUUCCCUCUGGAGUGACCCUGGCGAACGGUGGGUGGCCAAGCAGGGCUUGA